UGAUAAAUUUCUUACCUGCACCACACAAGCAGCUUCCUCACACUCUCCAAAUCUCUCCCUCUCAUAAACACAUGUUUAUAUAUACAUAUAUAUAUGAGGCUAGCUCAGACAUGAAAGCCAUCAUCUCCAACAUCUUAGGUUUUCAUCUUCAUAAUCAUUCCUACAAAUAUAUGUGAUCAAUCCUGAAACAUCAAACCAUGUCUGUGGCUAAUCUAAACGAGUUCCCACUAUCCACAAACAUGAGCACCAUCCGAUUCUCUCUCCUCAUCCUCGGAUUAAUCAAAUUCCUCCUCGUGCAAAUCCUCCUCCACAGGAAAAGGAUCUCCCUCUUCUUCACUGCCGAAUCCCACGGCGCCGCUGAUGACUCAAACACGACCAUAAAAGUGGCCGAGAUCAAAUCUGAUGAUGAGAGUGUUUGCGAAGGAGAGCAGCUGGAGACGGUCAUGACGAGGCUAGGCAUCUCCGGGCGAGGGAAGCUCCCCGGGAAGAUGGGCGGGGACGAGAUUUUCGAGAUGUUUGAGAAGAGGGAGCCGAGUUUGGGGGAAGUGAGGGAAGCAUUCGAUGUGUUUGAUCAGAACGGGGAUGGGUUUAUCGACGAGAUGGAGCUGCAGAGGGUUCUGUGUGGUUUGGGAUUCAAGGAAGGGAUGGAGAUUGAGAAUUGUAGGAGGAUGAUUGGGGCUGUUGAUGAAGAUGGAGAGGGGAGGAUUGGUUUUUAUCAGUUUGUCAACUUCAUGGAAAAUAACUUUGCUUAGAUUUUUUUUUUAGUUUUUGGCUGAAAGAGAAAUUGUUUAGAAGUUGGUGGGAUUAAUGCUUUCUUUAAUCUACUGAUUUUUUUAAUUAAA